CCCACCUCUGAUUGCCAGUCAUCUGGAGACUGUAUGGUCAUGGAUGGUAGUUCAGUCAUCACCACACCUGGUACUCAGACCCAGUACAGUCUCACUGUGACUAGUCAGGACUAUGACAUCACUGUCAGAGCUGAUACAUGUGGUGGAUCACUGACUGGAGACACCAGCUCCCUCUACAAUAUUAACUUGACAGGAAAUUUGACAUCGUGCAGUGCUCUCUACAUGUAUAGUCCAGUUGAUGGGUCACUGAGAGCCAUUGAAGUCAAUUGGACACCAAUACUGCGGAACAAUCCAGGAGGGCCAGAGUACACAGUGGUGAUAGAGGAUGGUGUGGGGUCUAGAGUGAGGGAGAGAGUGGGAGCUGUCAACUGUAGCUCCACUCGAUGCAGCCACACCUACUACCCAGCAGCCGGCAGUAGAGGGGAGUUUGGAGUGUCUGUGGAGACUGCUGGCUGUGUGACUAGACAGACAGUGUGUCUGGAGAGACCAGUCUAUUGUUCAUUGAGGGACUUGUCUCCCUCUCUGGUUGAGGAGAACAGAGUGUGUGGGUCAGUGAGUGGUGGUGGGGUGUGUUACAGUGGAGACAGUGUAGGAUCAGUGGCAGUCUACUUCUGUGAUGAUGGCUAUAGUCUAGAGGGAGACACUACCAGAGAAUGUCUCUCUAGUGGCCUCUGGAAUGGAACCACUCCUCAAUGUGUGGAGAUAAUCAAUGGUUGUAUUACACCUCAAAGUAAAAUGAUCUUCUAUCACACUCUCAAAUCAACUCAGCCACCAUCUCAGAGAGAGAUGUGGGAGAGAAGAGUGUGUGGUGGCUCUGUGUCUCAGUAUGUGUUGACUCUGACUCCGCCCACCUCUGAUUGCCAGUCAUCUGGAGACUGUAUAGUCAUGGAUGUCAUCACCACACCUGGUACUCAGACCCAGUACAGUCUCACUGUGACUAGUCAGGACUAUGACAUCACCAUCAGAGCUGAUACAUGUGGUGGAUCACUGACUGGAGACACCAGCUCCCUAUACAAUAUUAACUUGACAGGAAAUUUGACAUCGUGCAGUGCUCUCUACAUGUAUAGUCCAGUUGAUGGGUCACUGAGAGCCAUUGAAGUCAAUUGGACACCAAUACCGCAGAACAAUCCAGGAGGGCCAGAGUACACAGUGGUGAUAGAGGAUGGUGUGGGGUCUAGAGUGAGGGAGAGAGUGGGAGCUGUCAACUGUAGCUCCACUCAAUGCAGCCACACCUACUACCCAGCAGCAAGCAGUAGAGGAGAGUUUGGAGUGUCUGUGGAGACUGCUGGCUGUGUGACUAGACAGACAGUGUGUCUGGAGAGACCAGUCUAUUGUUCAUUGAGGGACUUGUCUCCCUCUCUGGUUGAGGAGAACAGAGUGUGUGGGUCAGUGAGUGGUGGUGGGGUGUGUUACAGUGGAGACAGUGUAGGAUCAGUGGCAGUCUACUUCUGUGAUGAUGGCUAUAGUCUAGAGGGAGACACUACCAGAGAAUGUCUCUCUAGUGGCCUCUGGAAUGGUACCACUCCUCAAUGUGUGGAGGCAGAACAUGGAAGUGCCUCAGCUCCGCAGUCACCUACUGUCAACAUAGCUGAGUUUAACAAUGAUGGCUGUACUCUGGAUGUGAGCUGGAGUGAACCUGUCAUCAGUUGUGGUGGCUCAGUGUCUCAGUAUGUGUUGACUGUGACUCCACCCACCUCUGAUUGCCAGUCAUCUGGAGACUGUAUGGUUAUGGAUGGUAGUUCAGUCAUCACCACACCUGGUACUCAGACCCAGUACAGUCUCACUGUGACUAGUCAGGACUAUGACAUCACCGUCAGAGCUGAUACAUGUGGUGGAUCACUGACUGGAGACACCAGCUCCCUGUACAAUAUUAACUUGACAGGAAAUUUGACAUCGUGCAGUGCUCUCUACAUGUAUAGUCCAGUUGAUGGGUCACUGAGAGCCAUUGAAGUCAAUUGGACACCAAUACCGCGGAACAAUCCAGGAGGGCCAGAGUACACAGUGGUGAUAGAGGAUGGUGUGGGGUCUAGAGUGAGGGAGAGAGUGGGAGCUGUCAACUGUAGCUCCACUCAAUGCAGCCACACCUACUACCCAGCAGCCGGCAGUAGAGGGAGAGUUUGGAGUGUCUGUGGAGACUGCUGGCUGUGUGACUAGACAGACAGUGUGUCUGGAGAGACCAGUCUAUUGUUCAUUGAGGGACUUGUCUCCCUCUCUGGUUGAGGAGAACAGAGUGUGUGGGUCAGUGAGUGGUGGUGGGGUGUGUUACAGUGGAGACAGUGUAGGAUCAGUGGCAGUCUACUUCUGUGAU